GAGAGAUGUUGCAGCAUAAAGCACUUUACUUUUUGUACUUCCCUGUUUUCCGUCUUACGUUUUAACUUCAUGCGUUUUAAAACCGAACACUUUAAUGAAACCGUUCGCCUCUCAGAGGUUACGUGUCGGACGUACUUUAGGUCUUUUUAGCUAACGUUAACAUUAGUUAGUUUAGUGAAAACGCACCGUUUGAAAAAUGCGGAAUGAUUCUCUCCUGUCGAGCAUUAACGUGGUGCUCGUUAUGGCCUACGGGAGCCUGGUCUUUGUUUUGCUGUUCAUCUUUGUCAAAAGACAAAUUAUGCGGUUUGCCAUGAAGUCUCGAAGAGGACCACAUGUUCCUCUUGGCCACAAUGCUCCCAAGGAGCUGAGACAAGAAAUUGAAGCCAAACUGAGCCAGGUUCAGAAAAUCCACUUUGAGCCUCGUUUGCUGUCCCCAGACGAUGACCGACUAAAGCACAGAGAACAGUCUGGUUCUGGUGACUACCUGUACAGGAUGAGAGCACUGGAUGCCAUCAGAGACACAGAUCUGCCUUUCCAUGAACUGGGUGGCUCGUCCGCUGCUGUGACGGGUAAAAGACUUCGGACGUGGCUUCUGCGGCUACGAAACUCUGAGUGCAUGUUCCGAGAUGGCCUGAGCUCGCUCAUCGACACAGUGCUGGAUGGGUACAACAAAGCACGCCAUGGGGCUGAGGCUUUUGGUGAAGCAGAGUUUUUGAAAUACCAGGAAGCUCUGACUGAACUGGCUUCUGUCGUCAAGUCUCACAGCAACAGCAGCAGCAGCAGCAGCAGCACUACGAGCCAGUACCACCAGUCCGCAGCCAAAGACCUGACCAGCGCCACAGAGCCUGCUAGCUCUUCCUCCUCCCCCACCCAAACCACCUACCUCACAUCUUCAAUGCAGCAGCGCAGCAAGCGGCCCAGGAACUUCCUGGAGCUGAAGAACUUCAAAGACAACUACAACACUCUGGACAGCACGCUCUGAAAAUCUGUGACGCCAGUCCAAAGGAAAGGUCAAAGACAAGGCAGAGCUGCCAGCAAUGAAAGAAGUGCCUAUGUAUGGCGACGGGUCACUGUUGCCAGAUAGUAUAGAGUGAAAUGAUGAACCCACUGCCUUCAUAUACUAACAUGUAUUGCCUGGUUUACAGUAUAAUGCAUAUCAGACUCAGUGCUCUUUAUCUAAAUGUAGCUUUGGCGUAUGUCCAGUAUUAAUGCAUGUACAAGUGCUUUACUACAGUGAGUGACUGUAGUAAGUAGGGUUGAUUUGACCAAAACACAACCAGAGCUAUGAGGCUAUGCAACAGCAUAAGACAAUCAGUAUUUAUUGCACAAUGUAAAGGCCUAUGCAGACUUAAAAUUAACCAACUGUAUUUAAACAAGCUAAUAAAAUAAUGUUAGUAGAGAAAACCAGUGCUAAAGGAACAGUUCAACUCCACGUUAAAAAUACAUACUGUAUCUGUUACCUGUAGUGCUAUUUAUCAAUCUAGAUUGUCUUGGUGUGAGUUGCAGAGCAUUGGAGAUUGGCUGUAGACAUAUCUGCCAUCUCUCAAAUAUAAUAUAUAACUGGAUGGCACUCGGCUUGUGGUUCUCAAAGUGUCAAAAAAUACAUUUGUAGCCGUGGAGAACGUCAACAAGCCUUUUGUCCAUGAGUAGAUGCGCGUUUCCUUCUGCGCUCUGAUACAGGUGGCAGGUGUAGUUUAACUGAAUUGACACAAGGUCCCGCCGCCGGACGCAGACUGGCCAAUCAUAACGUAGCAUCAGGCCGGCUCAGACCAGGGUCCGACAACAACACAGCUGUGCUCCAUUGACUCUAAUGCAGUCGUUUCAGAUUUC